UCGUGCAUUCUCCACAGGAGGUUUUAAAUUACACCCGCCAAAUAAACCCUUAUCGGUUUUCUCGGUCAAAUCCCCAAUUCUAUGCUCAAACCCUAAUCUUUAUUGUAUUCUCAAUUGGAUGGACUGAACAACAGAGAGGAUCGUGUUGUAUAUAAUUGCCCCAAUUUUCACGAAGUUCAGAGAAAUCAAUGGCAGACUCCCAGCCGGAUUUGAAGAUUUUCAGCGUUCGGAUAGUGUCAAUUGAUUACUACAUGUCUCCUCCAAUUCCAGGCCUUGAUCUCUGUUACAGUAGCUUUCAAGGUGGGAAGGUGAAUGAGGUUCCUGUGAUUAGAGUAUAUGGGUCAACUCCAUCUGGUCAGAAGACUUGUUUGCAUAUUCAUCGAGCUUUACCAUAUCUAUAUGUUCCUUGUUCGGAUAUAGUUCAUCAACCAGACCAAGAAGGUGAUGCAUGUGCACGAAUUGUAUCUCUUGCUCUUGAGAGGGCACUGAAGCUUAAAGCUAGUGCUGGAUCAAAACGUCAACAUGUGCAUGAUUGUAGUCUUGUUCGUGCAAGAAGGUUAUAUGGUUAUGAUGCAUCAGAGCAACUAUAUGCUAAGCUUUACCUAUAUCAUCCACAGGAUGUCUCUCGAGCAGCAAAUCUUCUUUUGGGGGGUUCAGUUCUUGAAAAGAGUUUGCAGCCCAUUGAAUCACAUAUUCCAUUUCUUCUCCAGUUCUUGAUUGAUUACAACUUGCAAGGAAUGGGACACCUACAUUUAUCAAAGAUGAAAUUCCGUCAUCCAGUGCCACAUGUUUUCACUAAAAGGAAGGCGACUUAUUAUCCACAACAUAAACAACAUGUAGAUAACUCCUCUAUGGCUUCUACUUCUCAGGCAGGUUUAAGUAGUGAUGUUAGUUUAGAAUCACCAAUCUGGCUUUCAUCCACUAUUCCUGACUCUUGGAUUUGGCAUUCUUCUACUCAAGACCUUGAGAAUGAUCUUGUUAAACGUCAGAGUGUCUGUGAACUUGAAGGAGAUGCUGGAAUUGAUGAUAUCCUUAACCAGAAAAGUAAAUUGUACUCAUCACUUUCACAAACCCUUUCAGAUGUUAGAAUGGUUCAGUCACUCAUACCAAUUUGGGAGGAAUUUGAGAGGACUGGAAUGCAUAUGGAAACCAUAUCAUCUGACCCUGGAAAACCAAGCCCACAUGAUGUUUUAAAUAUUCUGUCAAAUAAAGUUGAGCUUGAAAACAAGCUAUUGGAAUUGUGUGAAGUGGAAGAUUCUUUACCUUGUACACCAGUUGAGACUGAAAGAAUGAAUUCACAGUGUAUAAGAUCUCCAGUUGCAGAUGCAGAGGCUUUGAGGCUUCUAGAUUGGCUAGCAUCUUCUCAAGCUGCAGAAGAUAUAAACUCUGAUGAUGAACUUAGACGAGAGAUCAUCUUAAGCCCAUUAAUGCCUUCAACAACAAUCAAUGAGGUUAUUGAAAAAGCUGAUAUGGAAUUCACAAAUGCAUCCCAACAAGAGUGUCAAGAUAUUCUUGAUUCUGUUCAAGAAGUUCAAGAAUCUUCUCCUCAAUCACCAACAAAGAAAGAGAUUCCUCAAGUGGAUAAUAUUUCUAAGAUAGAGAAAAACCCCAUAAAAGAACGAGUAAAAAUCGAUUCUUGUUCGAGCUUCAGAAGGAAAGAUAGAAGAAAACGAUCCUUAUGGAGCACUUUGCCUUUUUCUUUGCCUAAGAACACGAAUGAUAGUGAAUUUGGUACAGAAACUUGUCCAGAUUCAGAAAAAGGUUUAUCAAAGUCAGGAAGUACAAUUGUUGGAUGCUCAGUGAGGGAUUUGAUGAGGAGAAAACGUUGUCAUCGGGGUGAAACUUCAAAAGUUGAAAUUUCUCAUAUUACACCAGAUAACAAUUCCAUUUUUGCCCCUGAAGAAAGGAGUGAUCAGCAAGACACUGGUCCAAAUCCUCCUACUAGUUCCAACUCAAGGUGUUGUUCUGAUGAUGAUUCACAAGCUGUUCAUGUGAAGGACAUGAAUUUUGAAGCUUCUGCUUCUCAAGAAUGUGUUGAGGAUACAGACAUUGAUGACUCACCUCCUCCACCUUCCAUUGAUGGGAACUCUCAAGAAGCUACACAUACUGAGCCUAAAAUAGAUGACUCCAUUCCUAAUCAAGAACAAGUCAUAGGUGCUCCUACUCACUAUCAUAACAAUGGUUCCUCUUUCUACAUGUUGACACCUGUCUUUUCACCUCCAUCAGUAGAUGAUGUUAAUACAUGGUUGCUUCAUCAAGAUGUUGUUAGAGAGAAUACAAAUGCAUUAACAGAAGAAUCUUCAUCACCAAAGGGUAAAGUCUUUUUAGUGGAUUCACAAGAGUUUUGUAAUGACAACAAAACUAAUUUGGAUCAUGGGAAAAAUACUUCACAAUCACAAGAUAUCUCUCAGAUAUCAGGUCCAGAAGGGAAAAACCUGACUCCUCUAAGUCAAUCAGGCUUUAGGGAUCCUGCAAGUAUUGGUGCAGGACAACAGUUGACUAUGUUUAGCAUUGAGGUUCAAGCUGAAUCUAGGGGAGACUUGAGACCUGAUCCUAGAUUUGAUGCUGUGAAUUUCAUAGUAAUUGUUAUUCAAGAAGAUGAUGAAUCCUUAAUCAAUAGUUAUGUUCUCUUACGAAGUGAAACCACAUCUGUUUCAAGAAAUCUAGAUGCUAUAACUGGUUGCAAGCUGUUGGUUUCCACCCAAGAGAAGCAAUUAUUCAACAAUUUCAUGGAAAUCAUAAAUAAUCAUGAUCCAGAUAUACUAAUAGGGUGGGAGAUUCAAGGUGGUUCAUUAGGGUUCUUAGCUGAAAGAGCUGCAUAUCUUGGAAUUGGAUUACUUAAUAAAAUAUCUCGCACACCAUCUCAUCCCAUUUCAAAUCCAGUUAAAUCAACGAUGACUGAUUUGCCUCCUGAAGCAAUAAAUUCCGACAUUGACCCUUCAAAUGAUGCAGUUAUUGAGGAUGAAUGGGGGCGAACUCAUGCAAGUGGGGUCCAUGUCGGGGGUAGAAUCGUCCUUAAUCUUUGGCGGCUAGUCCGCAGUGAAGUUAAGCUUAACAUAUACACAGCUGAAGCAGUGGCAGAAGCAGUUCUUAGAAGAAAAAUUCCAUUUAUUUAUUUCAAGACAUUGACAAAGUGGUUUUCUAGUGGUCCUGGAAAAGCAAGAUACAGAUGUAUAGAAUAUGUUUUGGAAAGGGCAAAAUUGAACUUUCAAGUCAUGAAUCAACUCGAUAUGAUAAACAGAACAUCAGAGCUUGCACGUGUAUUUGGCAUUGAUUUCUUUUCUGUUCUUUCAAGAGGUUCUCAAUAUCGUGUUGAAUCUAUGUUACUUAGAUUAGCACAUACACAAAAUUAUCUUGCAAUUUCUCCUGGAAGCCAACAGGUUGCAAAUCAACCUGCAAUGGAAUGCUUGCCACUUGUUAUGGAGCCAGAAUCUGGAUUCUAUUCAGAUCCAGUUAUUGUUCUAGAUUUUCAGUCUCUGUAUCCAUCAAUGGUGAUUGCUUAUAAUCUCUGCUUCUGUACAUGCCUUGGUAAAGUUACACCUUCAAAGCCAAAUACACUUGGUGUUACUUCAUAUACACCAGACCCAAAUGUUCUUCGUGGAUUAAUGCAUGAAAUUCUUCUUACUCCAAAUGGUGUAAUGUAUGUCCCUUCAAAGAUUCGUAAAGGCGUAUUGCCUAGGUUACUUGAUGAGAUAUUAUCAACACGAAUUAUGGUUAAACAAGCAAUGAAGAAACUCUCUCCUUCAGAAAAAGUACUUCAUCGGAUUUAUAAUGCAAGACAGCUUGCAUUGAAGCUAAUAGCAAACGUGACAUACGGGUAUACAGCAGCUGGUUUUAGUGGACGAAUGCCUUGUGCUGAGCUGGCAGACAGUAUUGUACAAUGUGGGCGUAGAACACUAGAAGCUGCUAUUUCACUAGUCAACACACAUGAAAAAUGGAAAGCUAAAGUCAUAUAUGGCGACACCGAUAGUAUGUUUGUACUUGUUCCAGGGCGAUGUGUGAGUGAAGCUUUUGAAAUUGGAAAUGAGAUUGCAUCUGCUGUAACAAAGAUGAACCCUAAUCCAGUUGUAUUGAAAAUGGAGAAGGUGUAUUACCCAUGCUUUCUUCUUACUAAAAAGAGAUAUGUUGGAUACAGUUAUGAGAAGCCUGAUCAAGUCAAACCUUUCUUUGAUGCUAAAGGUAUUGAAACUGUUCGCAGAGAUACAUGUGAAGCUGUAUCCAAAACAAUGGAGUCUUCCUUAAAAAACUAUUUUGAAAAUCAAGAUAUUAGUAAAGUGAAAUCAUAUUUAGUACGCCAAUGGUCGCGUAUUUUAUCCGGAAGAAUCUCAAUCCAAGAUUUCAUUUUUGCAAAAGAAGUCCGAUUAGGAACUUACAGCUCCUCCCGUAUUUCCUCCCUUCCUCCAGCCGCCAUUGUAGCCACCAAAGCCAUAAAAGCCGACCCUCGAGCCGAGCCACGUUACGCGGAGCGGAUCCCCUACGUGGUGGUCCACGGUGAACCCGGUGCACGAUUAUCCGACAUGGUAGUCGACCCGUUAGAUCUAUUAUCACUAGAUUCGCCUUUCAGAUUAAACGACUUGUAUUACAUCAACAAACAGAUAAUUCCGGCUUUACAGCGUGUGUUUGGGCUUAUAGGCGUGGAUUUAAACCAAUGGUUUUUGGACAUGCCACGCAUGGUUAGGGAAUUUGGUGGGAAAAACCAGGGGUAUAAUUAUAAUGGUUUGAAUUCUCAUAGGACUAGAAUUGAUUAUUAUUAUUUGUCCAAACAUUGUGUUAUGUGUGGGGAGUUGGUUCAGGCGUCGUCAUCUGUAUCGCCUUUAUGCGGUAAAUGUGUAAGAAACGAAAGUGCUUUUGCGGUUGCGGUGACCGGAAGGACAUCCAAGAUGGAAAGAGAGAUGCAACACCUUGCCGCGAUAUGUCGGGAGUGUGGAGGUGGGGAUUGGAUUGUAGAAAGUGGAGUGAAAUGCACAUCACUUGCAUGCUCGGUCUUUUAUGAAAGGCGAAAGCUACAAAAAGAGUUGAGGUCCGUCUCGAGUGUUGCCACGGAAUUAGGGUUUUAUCCUAAAUGUGUGACAGAGUGGUUCUAGAUCUCUUUUUGCCCUUGUAUUUAAUAUUACAUGUGUUAAUAAUAAUUAGAAUUAAUAGUUUAUAUGUUCACAGACAAUGUUGCAUAUUUGGAUAAAUAGUAGUAUAUAACAUGUACAUUGACGGGA